ACGUGACCUCUUUUUUUUUCAUUUUGAUUACUUGCGAAAUUUACCGUUCUGUUGUUGAUAAAUUGAGAGACUUUUUAUUUGCUAAACUAUGGCCAAUCUUGAAGUUGCAGGUGGAUUUUCUUAAAAAUUAUUAAAAUAACGUUGAUUCAUUGUAUUUAUAAUUGUCUGUACUCAGUUUCUUCAGGCUGUCCUACUAGUGGCCUACUUGCUUAUUUAAUUUCUGCUGCCUUAUAUAAUAAUAAUAGUAAUAAUUAUACAACUACACGUUUUAAUGUACAUUCAACAUUGUUUAUGUAAUGAAUAUAGGCACACUUAAAAUUAUGCAUUGUUUUCUGGAUGGAAGACUUACAUAUUAAAAUGAAUUAGUAGCUUAUUACUGUUAGGAUUUUUGCAUUUUUAGUCAUAUUUAGUAUUUAGUAAGGCAUUACACUAACUAAGCCUACUAAUACUAUAAUAUAAUAUAAAUAGACUAAAAUAUACAUAGUUGUGAUUUAAUUAAUUAAAAAAAUCUUGUUUAAAAAAUGACCAUUAUUUUUAAUUCAUCUAAUUCCUGCUGAUUCGAAUUCUGCCUGUGCCUGCGCAGAUGGCUGAUUAGACCCAUUCUCAUUCUGGCAAGAAAUGUUCUUGUCUUAGAAUCUUGUGCAGUAGGCUUAGGCUGAGUAGGUGCAAGGGAUUGAUGGCGGGAUGUCUCCAUGUGUAGAGUUAACCUGGGAUUUUCUGGCUUGUCUGAUUUUGCUCUGCAGCUGCUGUUCUGUUGGCUUCAUCAUGUUUGAAGCCUUUGUGACUUUGUGUAAAGAGAAACGCCAUGAUGGCCAUGAUGCUCGACACUCUGCCCAAUUCUCUCAUGUGUCCAGGUUUAUAUAGAAUGUUUUCAUUGAUGCUUUUAGGUUGUCUUUAAAGUGUUUCUUCUGGCCACUAGCAAAACACCUUCGUAGGCUCAAGCUUGCCAUAAAACAUUCUUUUCGGGGAAGUGGUCAUCUGACAUUUUCACGACAUGUCCCGCCCAUUUUGUUGGGAGUGCAUUAAAAUGAUAAAUAAACUGGGGAGAUCAGCUUGUGGGAGUAUCUCAGUGUCUAGUAUCCUGUCCUGUCAUUUGAUGUUGAGCCUUUUUUUAGGCUUGUCGUAUUUGAAAGUGGUUCAGCUUUCUUGCAUGGCAUUGAUAGACCGGUCAACAUUUCCCAGGCCUAAAGAGCGUAGAGAGCACAGCCGCUUUAUUUUAGUUUGAGUGCAUACAUUCUUAGACAUUUUGCGAUAUGUUGCACUAGCUUUUGCUGUACCAAUGUUAACCUUGUCAUGGAUGGUUGCGCAUUGGGAAAGUGUGCUGCCAUGCAGCCAAGGUUGGUGAAGUUGUUUGUUACUUUAACUAUCACCAUUAUCUUGAAUGUUGGGCUCAUAUUAUGUUUUCGAAAACUGGCUUCUUGAUCCCCCGGCAGUCCAAAAGAAGGUAUAUCCAGAGUCCCUUUUGCACAGUUUACUUUGUACUUGCAAGUUAGGUUGCUUUAAGUGCCACCUUUUACCUGGCUAGUUCAUUUCGUAUAAGGGCUUUUCCCCAUUGAGGUCUUUUCGCAUUGUCUUUGUCUUGGGUAGUGCUCUUAUUUCAAGCACAUAUUUUUAGAGUAAUUGGUUUUUAUAUUUUUCUUUUUUUUUCUUUGAAUUAAAUUUUUUUUUACCGCAUGCAUAGAGUCUCCAACUAUGGUGGGCUGGAUAGGGAAGGAUGGAACAUACAAUGUUUUGGGCACAGUGUCUAGCCCCUUCCUCAAUCCAUGAAGGUGUGCAGUGUGUUCCUAAAGAGGGCUGCUCAGUCACUCAGGGGGCUGCCUGACACCACUGCUGCUCCUUUGCCAUGAUGAAAGACUCUAUGGCCUGAGCCGCCUAUGUGCAGGUUUGCAACUAUGGUUGCCAGUGUAUUAUCUGCUGCUUGGCCAUUGCUACAGCACUUUCAUUGGCGACAUGGUAUUGAUGAUGAUGCAAAUGACACACGCUUAUGUAGUAUAACAUUAUAUGAACACUCAAAGGUGUGAUCUAUGUAACAAAUAACUGUAAACCCCAUCUUACAUUCUUUUUAUACUCCAAAUCACAUUACCACCCACUCCAGUUAUCCAAUCUCACAUUUAAGCAUAGACAUUCAUAAAAACAACUCACAAAGUCCAGUCAGUCACUUUGAAAACAUCACAGGACAAUCAGAGCACUGUGGGUCACUAAGUUCAUUCAAUACACAUCAUAACAUUACUGGUCAGUCAAAUAGUCACAGUUACCUAUUCCAAAGAAAACAUAUUAAAACCAACCAAAAUUAAAACUAUUACAUUACAUAAGCUGAAAAAUUAUGCACAUACCGGUACACAAUCAAGACACCAGAGCAGCACAUGCACAUACACAAUCAAGAGCUAGAGCAGCACCCCAGAAGUAAAAAAAAAGUAUGAGGUCCCUUGCUAUAGCCUACAUAUAUAUAGGCUUAGGCUAUAUUAUAUUACAUAUUUUGGGGCUAAUAUAAAUAAUAGACCUAUUGGUUUUGGGUGGAAAUAGUUAUAUUUGUUAAAGUUUAAUUGCAAUCAAUCAUGCUUAAAUUAAAUUAUUGGGUUAGGCUUCAUAAAAUAAUAAUAUUAGGCAAUAGGACCUGUAAUAUCAAUUUGAAAAUUAUAGGCCUAUUUUAAAAAAUUUAAAGUGUCAUCAAGCCUACCAACUUCAACUUAAUUCCAGGUUUUUUAAAUAUUAUGUUUCAGUGUUGUAGAUUAAGCUAGUUGUGUUUACUUUUUUCAAAUUUGAAACGGUGAAAGAUACUGCAAAUAGUGAAAGCCAUUAGAAACAUUAAAUUGAAUGAAAAGAAUGGCUGGAAGAAAGCUAAAAGUGUUUUUCACCCCGUUAUCUUUUUUGAGAUUGCUCUCAAAAUCACAUGGAUUAAGAUUAAGCCAACAGGUGGCUGGAUACUCAAUGAAAGGCCAUAGUGAUUCAAAGAAGUUAGAAAUUAGGCCUAUGCAGACCUCAGAGCAGCAGUUCAAUUUAGCAGGUACCGGUAUAAAUGGUUAAAAUUUGGCAACUCUUUUUGAAAUACUGAUGUACAUUUUUAUUUUAGUUAUCUUUUGGUAAAAGCAAAAAUUAUGGUCCCAAAAUUACAACAGAUAAUACCAAAGAUAACUAUCCUCACAGUUUAACUGAGAUUUUAUACCUGUCAUUCAUUAUAAUUAGGGUGCAUAUAAUAUAUAAUAAUAAUAUGCUCAAACUUAUACUGUGUCUGCAGGAAUAAAGGCCAACAGGAAAGAGGCUUGACAAUGCCAUUCUCCCCACCCCAUCCCUUAAAGCUUAAAACAUUAGAAGUGGAGAGUACUGAUAAAAGGGAUGUGCACAUGCACACUAUCCCCCCACCCCCAAAUUCAUCUCGAGAUAUGUUUGUUGCCUUGUAUCACAAACAGUUAUAUCAUUCCACACCAUGCUGCCUCACCCAUGGGUUGAUUUAAUGCAAAUGCUUAUCAACUGAAACUUAGUUGUAAAUUGUUUGAGACCUCAUGGUAGAGCUGAAAAUAAUUUGCAAAAUAGAAUAAUGACUUGUUCUUGAGUUUCCUUUAGGUUCGGAAGAAAUGUAUAAUAAAAUGCAGGAUAAAAAUCAAUGUAGUUUACUUGCGGUGGUUAAAUAUACCUUUAAAAGAAAAAGAUAAAAUGAUAAUUGAGACCAGUUUAGAAAUUCAUGACUUACCUUCCCCCUUUGAUAUGUGAUGUCAUUUAUGGAUGGGCCGUAGUAAAUGCAAGGAUAUUUUGUUUGCCCAGUGUCAGUUUACAAGGGAAUCAUACAUAAUUAUGUCGACAAUAACACAGUAUUGCAGAAUAUAAUUUGUACAGGGUGCAUCUAUAUUUUGUUAUUACUUUGCAAGUUAUUGAGCAACAUCUGCAAGUUUGUCUUCCUGGUUCUAACUCUAAUAUUUAAUAUCCUGUGACAUUUUUGCUUACAAAUAAUGCUGUUAAAGUUUCCUGAAACAAAGCAAAGGGAAUACAAUCUGAAAUUUCAUUUUAUUUUAAGUUUGAUGAUACAUUCAAACUAAGAUUACUUCUGUUUUCCGAAUUUAUGCAUAAAGUUAUGCAUUGUAGCAUGCAUUAAAUGUGAUUGUUGGAGUUGAUGCUUCUAUUGUGAAUUGGUCCCUUAGAAGUGAAACAGAUCUACAAAUCAAAUUAACUGGCUUACUUUAAUAGCUAUUCCAUUAGCAACCUUGUAAACCCUAAGAAAUAGUUUGAACAAAGUUAAAAUUGCACACAGUAUCAAAUAUAACCAACAGUGAUGAAGGAAAUUAGUUGUUUUCAAAUCAGAGGCUGACAAAUUCAUUAGUCAAAUGAAUCACUUACAUUUUUACACACUUUCAAGCACUGGAUUUCUCUGCACAUUUCAAAUGAAAAUCUGAGUCUAACUCUUUAUAAAAGGCUAAUUUGAUAUUGUUAUAUUAGCUGCAUAUUUACAGUUAAUGGGAAGAGAUAGGUUUAAGCGUGACAAAAUUAUAAUUCUAUACAAAUUUUGAUCUUAGUGACAAACUCAUGGAUACAUUACCAGAUAAGUUUUGAAUGAUUUGUGGUUUUUAAAAAAAAAAUUUCCAAAAAAAUCUAAAAGUUAAAAAUAAAAGGUAUUAACACUAUUUGACCGUAACUACCUUUGUAAAGAUGGGGUUUUUACAAUGGUCAGCACUGAGUUAGAACAAAUUAUGUGACUAAUAAAUAUUUAGAGCAUUGUGAGGACUGCAUUUACUGAAUAAUGAACACUAGCAGAAAAUACAAAAUUCUUCAGGCACAAUUUAAAGUAGAGUGGCUCAAUAAACAUGUGCUGGAAUUUGAAAGUUGUACUUUUGGAGGCAAUUAGUUUUAAGACAUAUAUAAAUGUACAUUUUAUUGCAUAGAAUUGAAUCAAGUUAACAAAACUCAUAAGAAAAUAACAAUUACAGAGUUUUCUGGUGCCACCAUCGGCUUCACUACAAAUUUUAGUGGCUUGAGGAGGGGGUGUUGAGAAUUGCUCCAGGUUAAAAAAUUUUAUUUUUUCUCUCAAAUUCCUAUUUAAUUUAUUUUGUUAUAGUAAGUAAUUUUUUUAUACAUUUUUUUCCCUUUCAUUUCAUAAAGGUAUGAGAAAACCUUACAAAGGCAAGCAAGAUAUAUUUGAUAUUAAAGACUUAGUAUCACAAGAACCAUAUGGCCAGUUUAAGGCUUGGUUUGAGGAGGCAAAACAAACAGAUGGUAUCAUGGAGGCUAAUGCAAUGUCACUGGCCACCGCCACAAAGUAAGAAACUUGUAUCUGUGAUAGUACACUUGUAUCUGUGACAAUUCAUAGAGCAACCUAUUAUAGCCAAAAGCAGUCGUUUCACAUGGGCCUGAUUGAAUUUUUUUUCAAUUUAUUGAUAAGAUAAAGGGUUCAAUUAAGGGCAAGGUACAAAUUACAUAUUAAAAGAAUUUUUAACUCUAAAAGAGUCUGUUAUUUUAUAUCAAAAUAUUCUGUGGUCUGCCUCUCUUUAUUAAAUUUGUAAGUAUAGUUAUUUUGGUUACAAAAUGUUCUUUCAAACUACCCAGUGAUGAACAGUCCGGUUAUAAAUCAUCCUAAAACUCUGCAAUUUAAUGUCACCUUUAUUUUACCUAUCUCUUUUAUAAACUGCAUUUGUCUUAUUUUUCAUAUCAUAAGUGAUGGAAAGCCUUCACUGAGGAUGGUGUUAAUGAAAGGAAUUGAUGAAAAUGGAAUUGUCUUUUAUACCAACUUCCUUAGUCGAAAAGCCCAAGAACUGGUACGACUUGAAUAUUUAAUGUAAAUUUAGUUAGUCAUGACAUGCACGCUAAUUAAAAAAAAAAAAAACCCAACUAUAUCUUUGGAAUUCAUGCUAAUGAUGUCCUGACAUCACAUAUUCUAUCAUGAAUUCCCAUGAAUAGUUUGAGUGGAAGCAAUAACUGUGUCAUUUGAGUUUCAAUUAAUUAGACAAUAUUUUUUAUGCGUUGAAUUUUCAGCACCACUGGCUGUCCGGAAGUGUGGCAUCAGGCCCUUAAAAACAGAUUAAAACACUUUGUUUAGACUUUUAGCCAGAAAGAUUGCACAGUGUUUUCCAAUUAAAUUGCUGUAUGGUUAACUGUACGGCCAGAGGAGAUUAGGCAAUCGUCUUCAGUUGCAAUCGCACACCCUCACACCCAGUCUGCCAGGGCUCGAUGGGCUGUUGCUUCCUUUUGAAGACUUUUUUUCUUCUCGCAAUUCCGCCCAGUUUGUAGCAUCAAAUUUUGUUCUCACACACAACCCUCUCACCAAGAUUAAUCACAUCCCCUUUGCUGACCUGUAAGGUUGCAUGUAAGUUGAGUGAGAGCUCCGGGUACCUUGGUCAAGGGAGGGAGGUGUGGUUUGGGUGUUGAUUGAUGCAGAAAUAAUGAAAGUUGAUUUGAAAAAACAACUCCAAUCCCUCCACUUCCUAAACCAUCAGUUUUAACUAGGAUUUUGGGGUGGUAUGGGGAAAGAGUAGGUGAAGGUCAUUACUGCAAUUAGACUCAGAUCAGCAGAUGGCAAAUGACCAGGAGUAUAAAACGCCACAAUCUUAAAAUUCUAAUUUUUAGUUUUAAGCCUAGAUAAAGUGACUUUAACAGAAAUUUUGUAAGCAUUCAUUGUUGAAAAUAGAUAUAUUCUUUAACGAUAAUUUACAGAUGAAAAUUUUCAUACUACCUGGUAUAAAAUAUGUUCAAAAAUGAAAUAAUGAAUAAAACAUAUUUAAAUGUCAUCUAAAUUUAAUAUUCCAAUCCUUUGUUUCAUAGAGUGCCUUACUACCCUUCUGCACAGAAUUUCUUUACAUAAUGCAUUUUAAGAAAUUGAAAAGUGUUUUCUACUUUUUAGUUUGCUUUAAACUCGUCUUUAAAAAAAAAUUCUCUUUUAAAAAGUUUGAAAAUAUUUUUUUUGAUUACCCAGUGUUCUGGUAGUGAACCUGUACUUAUUGAAUCAUGAACCACAUAUAUAUGAGCCAGGGACUCUAUCUUUGCAUCAUAGAGCUUUCGUAAAGGUUCUUAUUAUUGAAUUUUAUAAAAAAAGUGAAUGAUCAUUAUUGUUUCCAUUUAUGCAUAAAAUGGACAUUGUCAUAUUUGGUAGAGAGCAAAGGACCAUAAAGUUUACCUGAAUUUAUAUUUUCUGCAAACUGCUUUGUGAUCUUGUUAAAUUACUAACCAAACAGGCAGGGAAUCCUUUAGCAGCUCUACUUUUCUAUUGGUCAUCAAAUGCUGGUGCAUCCACUAAAAGUCGGCAGGUAACUUGCCAGAGGUUAAAGAGGGAAAGACCAUCACUUAAGCUAAUCAAAAUGUUUGAAAAGUCAUUCACAGGGAACAAUUUCUGAUAACUGAUUACAGUUUUUUGUUGAAAUUUGUAUUUAAUAUUUUUUUAGGAGUCUAUGUUGAAAAAUAAUAUGUAAAAAUUAACUUGACUAUAUAGCUAGUUAUGGUUUUUCUACUUUUGAAAAGUCAAUGCACAACUUAUUAGGCCAGCCUUGGCUCUGAUGGGCUAUGUUAACUUUCCAAUCAUGUAUAUAAAAAGUCAGAACAAUUUAUUCCAAUAAUAAACCCAACAAGAGAUGUGAUUUCACUCAGCAAGAAGAUUAUAUUUCUUCCACUUUUAUUGGCUUUGAAUAAGACACACCCCCCCCCCUCCCCACCUCCCAAAUCAUAAAUCAAAUAGUCUAAUAGCAAAAGAGAUAAAUAUGUUAUUAGCUUCUGUGGUUUCAAUACAUAAGCAAACACGCUUCAAUUAUAAACUGAAAGUUGGGAGUCUUCUAUAACUGAAAACAAAUAUGUAUGAAACCAAUAAAUUAUUUCCCAAGUUCUGCCUGCCUAUAUGAUGUGCAAUGUACAUUUCAUUAUUAUUCAACAAUUUUAACUAUAUCUUAUACCAUGUUCAUCUGGCUUGUUCAAUUUUUCUUUAUGUAAACCAGACAGAGAAUCCAUUUUGUAGCUUAAUGUUUUACUGGGAACCAUUGAUGAGACAGGUAUGUUUAAGUAUUGGUCAAUUUGAAAUCAAUAAUGUUUAAGAUUGCAGAUUAUUUUGAAAACUGCAAGCAAGGGUUACUUGUAUCUCACUAAUUAUUUUUUUCAUUGAAAAGAAAAAAAAAGACCAUUUCUUGCCCACAGCCCCUGUAUUAUUAUAAAAUUAAAAAAAAUAACUUAUUAAUAGCAGUAAAGAACUCAAAUUCAGUUAUAUUAAUCCAGUGUUCGCUUUUUAUUUUAACAAAUAUAAUUUUCCAACACUCAGAAAGACAAACUUUAGGAUUAUAUUCUGUUAUAUGUUUUAAAAAAAAAAAAUCUUUUUUAAUAUUUGGCUUAUUAAAUGAGCAAUACAUAACAGGGAACUGAGGAAAACAGUAUGCAAAGUAAAACGAUACCAAAGCUAGUGAUAUUAACAACAUUCAUUUUAUCUAUACUAUGAACUUUAUGUUAUAAAAAAUACAAAAUCAAAUAAACAGGAAAAAAAACUUUAUCAAGUUACAGCCGUAUCUGGAAAUUUGUUUGAAAGAAAUUUAGUCAACGGAAAAUUGAUUGACGGAAAUUUGAUCGAACGGAAAUGUUGUCUAAUCUUUUUUUCAGUUCACACAUUAAAAUUUUGCGUCAAAUUUCUUUUUGAAUGCAUUAUUUUGUUUUACCCUAUAGUAUAGUGUGUUCAAAAAGAAAUUUGAUUAAUCUCUUUAACGUGGGAACUGAAAAAUAGAUUUGACAAAAUUUCUUUCAAACAAAUUUCCGGUAACCACUUACAGCUCAGUAAGUGAAAAGGUGCAAUCCUUGAAAGAUACAAAUAUUAAAUUUACACUCACACAUAAAGUGUAAAUCUUGUAGUUUUUUAUGUCUUGUAUAUGUCUAGGAAAUAUAGCAACAACUCUCUUGGCUAUGAAAGCUGCUAGCCUAUAUAUAUGGAUUACAUCAGAACCCUCAAGAAAAGAUAUUCUAGAAAUUGUGUCACGUGAUAACAUUCUUUAGAACAAAUAGAACGCAUUGGAGCAUUAACAACCUUUUCGCAGUCAAAGGAGGGGUGGGUAAAAGGAGUGGUGUCAAUAUCAAAACAAAACAAAGGGGAGAUGAAGGGUGGUUGGGGGGGGGGGCAAAAUUAGGCCUACACACAUGCCAUAACUUUAGAAAUCAGUUUAUUUUCUUCUUCAUGGGAGGUAUUUUUGUGAUGACAUACAUUUCGUUUAUAAUUAGAUUUAUGUACCGUAUAUAAAUAUUAAUAAAAAGGGAACCUUAAAGCCAAACACAAUUUUAUUUCCACUAAUAAAUAAAUGAUAGUCUACAAUUAAAACAACUUAUCAUUGGACUGUGUAAAAGCCUAUUCUUAAAAAAAAAAUUAAAAAAAAACAAAAAAAAAAACAUUUGCAUCAACCAUUAUUAAAAAAAAAAAAUAAAAAAAAAAAAAAAAAAAAAAAUUACUUUUAAUUCUCAUUCCAUAGGUUCGUAUUGAGGGAUCAGUUGAGCUAGUGUCUAAUGAAGAAUCUGAUUGCUAUUUCCAUUCCCGUCCUCGAGACAGUCAGAUUGGGGCCUGUGUCAGUCAGCAAAGCCAACUCAUUUCUAGUAGAAAGGUAGGUUAGAGUUUUAAAAAUAAAACUUAACUAUUUAUUUUUGAGUCAUAAAUAGAGUAGGUAAAACCAGUGAGGGGACAAUGGGCGGGAUCUUAGACUUAGAAACAGUCCUCAGGUCAUUGGUACAUGCAAAAAUUAAUCAGCCAUUUGGUUUAGAAUGCCUCUGUAAAUUUUAGGUCAUAUUAUUCCCGACAAAAAAUAUUGUUGGAAGAUGAAGUAAAAAAACUGGUCAUACUACAAAUAAUAGCCAUCAAAGAAAAAAAAAAAAAAGAAAAAAAAAGAAGAAGACUGAAAAAGUUGGUCAGGGCAGAUUAAGUGCAUUUACAAAAAAAAUUGUUGGAAGAUAAAGUAAAAAAACUGGUCAUACUACAAAUAAUAGCCAUCAAAAAAAAAAAAAAAAAAGAAAAAAAAAGAAGAAGACUGAAAAAGUUGGUCAGGGCAGAUUAAGUGCAUUGAGGCUAAGAAAACCAAUUCUUGAAGUGCAUUUUAUAUUCACAAUUGAAUUGACAUAAAGAUUCUUUUAACAGAAAUAAAUUAUUUGAACAAUUCUAAUGGUGUCUGGAAUUUGACUCUUGUGGUCCUAGUUCAUCUUCUUUGGGUUUAUAUAUUUCCUUGCCGCGAUGCAACUGAAGACUGGUGUCACCAAAAAGUCUGAAGUACUUUGCAGUUUGUUUUCAGCAUUUAGUGGACACUCCUUUGGGGGUAGAUGAGCCUCAGAUGAAGGCAGGAUGUGUUUAGGGAUCAGUUCCCCUGGUCCGCAAUGGUGAGCUUUGUCAGCAAUGUCCUGUCUUUUUAGGGGUUCAUUUACUGCAGACAGUGGCCAGUUUAAUAGUUCAAAGAUUGUGGUUUAGCCUUGUGUCCCACUGUUAAUGACACACAAUUUAUUGCUGGUACCUUCUAGGCAAUAGAUGAGAGGAAUGAGGAGCUUCAACAGAAAUACAGUGAUUCAAAUAUUCCAGUACCUAAACCAGAUUAUUGGUAAGUUGUUAUCUUGUUGGGUAAUAUCAUAAUAAUGUUUAUGAUUUGCUGUUAUUGUUUUAAACCAGAAGUAAGAAAACUUGUUUUAAGGAAAAUAAUAUUUUAAAUGCAUUGUAUUGUUAUAUGCAAUAUUACAUGGCCAAAUUGGGGCAUGUCAUGUUAGUUUGCUUGAACUAUUUGGUCUGAAUUUUAUGGGAGUGUCUGUUACUUAAAAAAAAACAAAAACAUUUGUUUAUCUUUUGAAAAAUUAUAACUUAUAUGAUUUAAUGUUUAAAUUGUUUUUGUUUUUACCAAAGUAAUGAUAUGCAAUUUUAUUAAUAGUUUUAAAAUGUUUAAUCUGACAUUGUCAUUUCAGGGGGGGCUAUCGGGUGGUACCUAAUAAGUUUGAAUUCUGGCAAGGGCAGACCAAUCGCCUUCACGACAGAAUUGUUUUCCGUAAGCUUGAACAAGGGGAACAGUUUGACCCUCUUGUUACAAACGCAGGUACCAAUGGAUGGGUCUAUGAACGUCUUAUGCCCUAGUAUUAUCCAAGUUUUAUACUAUACUUCUAAUGUAAUUUCUGUUGAAUACAGAAAUAAAGUGAAUUUAGUGUUGAUCACAGGAUUUUCUAUAUUUAAUGACAUUAGUUCUAUGGUUUAUAAUAGAGCAGAUUCUUUUUCAGAAGUGAUACCACCAUUUCUUUGUUAUGAUUAUUUUCAGCUCUGAUUUUGUUCAGUACACAUUGCACAAAGAAAGCAUCUUAAAAAAACAAAAGCAACACAUCCUUCAUUUACUUUAUAAAACAUUAAUUAACUUUCCAUCUCAAAGUUUUUUUUGUAACUCAAUAAUACAGUUUCUUACAUUAAGAUGAGAAAUGUAAAAAUAUAAUAGUCCUUGCAAUUUUUAUGGAACUAACUAUAAAUAAUAAAUGUAUUUUAAUGUCUUUUAUAAACUCAGGUAAAUAAAUUUGAUUUGUUUCAAAUUUAAAAAAAAAUAUAUUUACUUUAUGACCACAUGCCAAUUCCACAUUGUCUGCAAAGUCAAUUUAACAUUUGUCUCAUUUUAUUUCCUGAAUUGUUCCAUUUGGAAAUAAUCCAGAUUCUUUAAUUUAUCGUAUCAUUAUAUUAUACUAUACUGCAUAUUUAAAGGAAACCCAAAAUGGCAUUAGGAUAAGUAUGUAGAAUCCAAAUGUAUUUUUUAAAACAAUAUUGAAAUAUCUCUAUUUGUAUUAUCCGAAGAUUUGAUAUCAAUUGUGCAAUAGCAUAAAGCAGUGCUGUCCAAUCCGUGGGCUGAAUGGCCCACCACAGCUUGAGAAACUCUAAUAAUGUAUGUAAAAAAAAAAAUCAAAACAUUUUAGGAUGAAAAUAUAUUCGUACCACAUUUGUUGAUUCAGUUUUGUUGGGAAAUGGCAUGAGAGCACAUGCAAAGUUGUAACAUGGAAAAUGGGGAGGUCACAAAGGUGAAAUACUAUCUUUCUGUGACUUGCACUUAUACAGUGGGGUGUCGUGGGGUAUCAUGAAACCAUGCGCAGUAACAUUACAAACCCCUCUGAAACAUAGGAGCCAGAAUGAUCAAUUCAUUGAUCGUGGGCCUUCAAAAUAAGGAAGAAGAGAAGGUAAAAUUACUAGCAGUGGCAUUGAAAAAGAUAAAUAGAGAAACCAAAAGUAACUUGAUGUGUAGCUAUUUGAUCAUAAAAAUUUCCCCAUCAUGACCAACAGGACUAGCUUGCAUGAAAUAGAUGGGUGAGCAUAGGGAGUUAACCACUGCCAGGAAAGUCUUAGGGUCAAAGUAAUCGAGAUUGGAGCUGGGGUACUAAACCUGUCACAAUAGAAUGGGAGAGUGUGUCUCCAACAUGUCAAUACCUUGUUGCCUUGGGGACAAGUUCUCAGUAUUCAUAGAUCAGAGUAUGAGACAUUCAAUGAGUAGAAAGUAGUAUACAAGCUGUGUUUGUAGUCAGUGCAAUUCAGUCAGGGAGGAAUUGUGAGAGACAUUAGGAACGAUUCUUGAAAGUAUUUUAUUUAUAAGCAAACAAAAGAAUGUGUGGCCAAAUAAAUUCUGGAUGCCAUCAUGCUUCUUCUGAUGAAGUUCCCCAACUGUGAAAAUGUGGUAACAAAAUGUGGACCAUGUUUUUUGGAAGCACCUUACAUCAGUGAAGCUGGAGUCUCUGUUACGAACAACAACAGUACCAAAAACAACUGAAUGCCCUGUUUUGACUGUUGAACAUUUAGAAAAUCUAAUGAGGGCAGAUGCUACUGAUAACUACCUCAAAUUAAGAAAAUUGCAAGUACAAUUCAAAUCUAAAUAUAUAUUAAAAUGGGCUACAGUCUUUAAUCGCUUUAUUUAUAUUCUUGAUGAGCCAAUAAUGCUAUCGGAUAUAUAUUACUCAUUAUGCAUAAGGUAAGAAGUAUCAAUAAUACGAACAAUUUUCUUUUGAGAUGUCAUUUGCAGCCCUUGGGUUCCCGGAAAUUGUUCAUUGGCCCAGGUGGUCAUGAAGGUUGGACAGCACCGGCAAAAAAUAUUAGUUAAAAGAGUUUUUUAACUUGAUAUAACUGUUGAUGCUUUUGUGUGUUGUUUAUAAAAAUUUUUUAGCACUUUUUGUCAUUGUGUUGCAUAUUCUUUUAAAUAUUUUUGGUUCAUUAAAUUCAGCCAUUUUAGACAUUAUAUUACUUUUCCUAAUAAAUUCAAAUGUAUUAAUGGAUCUUUUGUAAUUUAAUUACAUUAUAUGCUUAUAACCAGAUUUUAUUAUUAAGAGAUAAGAUCAGAAAAAUGUUGCUUUUAUCUGAGUGUCAUAAAAAAUCUCAAGAAACAUAACAGUGUGACUGAUAGAUGUUCAAUUAGAGUUGUUUCAAUCAAGAUUGUUUUCAGGUUUAAAGAAUGUCAUUGUUGAAAACCAAUUGUGAUAUAAUGGCACUAAAAUAAACAUAGAUCUAUAGCAAUCUCAUUGAAACAAAAUACAGUUGGCUUUCAACAACUUUGGCUUUCAACAACUUUGGCUUUCAACAACUUUGGCUUUCAACAACUUGCUUAUGGAACUAUGGAAUAACUUUUAAAUAGAUAUUCAUAAUAAUUAAAUUGGUCUUCCAGAUUAAAAUAUAUCUGUGUC